AGCGGAGUAUGGAAUCCGCACCGGGGAAUCUCAGGACGUGGGGCAGCCCGUGGCUCGGAACGCGGAGCCCCUCUCCGCGGCGGGCUGGGACCCGCGGCUCCGAAUACAAACGGUCGGCGCGAGAGGCGCCCUGGGGCGCGGGCGCCGGGGUCCCGCCACUUGCUCGAGUUGAUUUACGCCGCCCUUCUUCUGCCGCGUUGGCGCGGUCGCCUGGGGAACCCUUCACUCCCGCUUGUCGGCUGCCGCCUGCGGACGGGCUGCGCUCCGGCUGGGACCGCGGUCUCCCGGAGGCUGUGCUCGCCCAGGCUCCCCAUCGGCGGGCCGGCGGUCAGAUCCAAGCUGUACUUGAAUCUUACUCUUCAAAAUAUGUACUCUGCUGGUAGUGAAGAGGAUGUGUUCCUGGGGUAUACUUUGUUGCCAGAAAUAUCGCUACCAGAGUGAUUUCAUUUUAAAGGAUCUUCAUUCUCAGAGAAUUUAUUUCUCAAGAUGAGAAGUUCAAGAUUAUUUAAGAGUCGGAGCUGAAUCUGAUCCUCAGUAAUGGCAACAGGUGACUUAAAAAGAAGCUUGCGGAAACUAGAACAAGUGCUUCGUUUGCUAAAUUAUCCUAACGAUGUGGAUUAUGUUGGUUUGAUGAAGGGGGACACAGCGGCAUCCUUGCCCAUCAUUAGCUAUUCCCUUACCUCCUACUCCCCUUAUGUAUCAGAGCUUCUGAUGGAGUCCAACGUGGAGCUCCUAGCAAAGAACGAUGUGCGCUUCACAGAUACCGUCUACAAGCUUCUUCGUGAUCAAUUUGAUUAUAAACCAAUUUUGACAAAAAAGCAAUUUAUACAGUCUGGAUUUGCUGAAUGGAAAAUCCAAAUUGUCUGUGAUAUAUUGAACUAUGUGAUGAAAAAGCACAAGGAAUUGAUUGGCUCUGACAAGACUUCAUCAUGCCAAAGAAAGAAGAAUGUCUCUGAAAAGCAAGAGCCUUGUUCAAGCAGUGAGAACCCACCUGCAGAGGCCAUUGGCAUUGACAUCACUGGCAGGUUUCUGACUUCAGGGAAGAAGAAAGCUGUGGUCAUCCGUCACCUGUACACAGAAGAUAGUGUUGAUGUUACUGAAGGGACGGUAUGUUCAACAGAAGUGAGUGAGGGCUGUGACGACUCAGAAGGGAAGAGUUCUGAAGUGAUGAUUGCUGAUGAACAGACCUCUGAAGUCAAGGCUGAGCUGAAAGAUGGAUGUGAUAAUCCUGAGAUUAUUGCACUUCAGAUUGCUCUUGCUGAAUGCCAAGAAAAGCUUAAGAAGCUGGCUUGGGUAGAGAGAAAGCUUGAGUGUCUGGAAGCUACGACAAAAGGGAAAGUGAUGGUGGAUGAGAAGGACUGGAAUAAUCUCCUAAGUCGAGUCACUCUUCUUGAAACAGAGAUGCUGCUGUCUAAAAAGAAUGAAUGUAGAGAGCUUAAUGCAGCAAGUGAAGACUAUGACUCUGUUAGUGGGACGAACGUUCUGCCCUUUGAUAAAAAAUACAGUGUGGGGGCACCAACCAGUACAUACCGCUCGUCUGGCUAUAGUACAGUAUCACCGGACUCAACACCCAGGGGUUCCACUGUUCAUUACUGUGGCUUGAAAGAUUUUUCACAGAAUGAACCAAUGGAUGAAAACAUUUAAAGUUAAAACGUGUUUCCAGAAGUCUAAAGGUGAAAUCAAAACAAAAGAAAACUGCAUCAGAUGACCAUGAAUACAGCCUGAGGUGACAUCAUUUCUAUGAAAUGUUAAAUCAGCUGUGAAGAGACCAUGGAAGUGAACUCUACCUGUGAAAAUUUCCCCUAUUAAAAGGGACCCAUGGAGUGCAUAUAAGAGACAUGGUUUUAACUCUCUGGGUUGCUGAUCUACAGGACCUGUGGUGAAGAUGUGAAUUAAAAUCAAAGAAGAUGCAUUUUUUGUGUAGAAAGCAGAAUCUUAAUGGAAAUUUCCAGAGAUUUGUGUCACACAAGGACAGCUCAACAAAGCAACAAAUGCAGCCUUCCGUGUGUCAGCUGAAGCAGUGUUUUGACAGUUCAUGACAUAUUUUGCAGGUCUACUGAGACCUCUGGGAUUGCACUAAAGGAAGAAUUUCGUUUCGUUUCUAUGGAAACCGUAAUUACUCUGUGAGCCUGUUAAACAAGGCAGUUUGUAAUACAGUAUCUUAUUCAAGACAAGUUGUCUUUUGGUUUUUGGAUUUUGGUUUCUUAACACAGCAUUUCUCUGUGUAGCUUUGUAGACCAGUCUGGCCUCGAACUCACAGAGAUUCACCUGCCUCUGCCUCCCACUGCCCAGUGACAAACUGUCUUUGCAAUACAUCACUGAUAAUUUUUUUUUAAAUCUGGAUUUCAACAUCUGUCCCAAAAAAGUCUGUGAUUCUUUGGAAUAAAUGAACUAACCAACCAUAGUACAAGAAAGCCCUGUUGCACUUCAGAUUCUAUGUUGGCAAUCAGGAUGGCUUGACCUGAAGGAGAAGGAAUUCUGCACAGCAACGAGGGAACAUUCCCUCUUUGAACUGAUGCAACACUGCAUUUCCUUAAUCACCUUCCAUUCAUAUUUCUGUUCAUUGCUCACCAUGGCCUACUACAAAGAGAUUAAACACCUUAUAAUUGAAUUGGUUUACUACCUAGCAUAAGAAUGCAAACAAACAAACAAAUAAAUGAAGAUCCUGCUCCAUCUUUGCAAAAUCUUCCAAAAGUAUUCUGCUUCUAAAUCUGAGAAUCUGAAGUCACUUAAUGACACAAAGUCACAGAGCAAGCAGUAUUUGUGACAUCCUUGUAGUAAGUACUAAGAUUUUGAGACCUGAAAUAUACAUUUGUCAGCUGACCGCUUAUGGGAUCAAUAUUCCUGUAUAUGUCUACAUACUAGUUGAAAAAAAUGAAGUGGUGUAAGGAAAGGUAGAUAUUACAACUUUCAUAAAGUGAUAGUGCCUCUUGAGAUACUUACAUUUAAUACAUGAAAAGAUUUCUUGAAAGUGAGAACAAUACCAGUGUUUGGGAAGGGAGCUGCUUGAAGGCCAUGAAUGAGUUCAAGGCCAGCCUAGGUCAGAUAAUGAGACUCUCUUUAAAAAAGGCAAUAACAUGUUAGGUAUCAAAGAAAUAUAUGCAUCAUCUAAAAGAAAUACAUUACCGGCCUUUUAUCUGUAGAGAAACUCAAGAAGGCAGAAAAAAAUUUCCUAUAUUGUUUCUUUACAUAUCUGAUACUGAUUUAAUUACUUAAAACUUCUCAUGAGUUUGUGUGUCUGGUUACACACACACACAUACACACACUCAUUUUUACUGUGAUUCUGACAGAAGUGUUAUUGUUCAUUUCUGUUUAGCUCUGAAUAGCAUUUCAUUGUCUGGAUGUAUUAUGAUCUAUUUAACCAUUAACCUACUAAAGAACAUAUUGAUGGCUUUCCUAUUUUGAUAAUUUGAAUAAAACUCUUAAAAGUAA